CUCCCACUCUCUCACAAUCUCUCUCUCGCCACAACCGCCCAGCCCUCAGUCCUGACUCUCAACGGAACCCCCACCAACCGUCCGUCCCACUAUCAACGGUGCCCACUCUCGUCUGCACUGGCUUAAGGUUGCGCCCACCAGGCCGGCAUUGGCACUGGCAUGAUUGGCGUGGCAUUGAGUUGACAUUGGCUCGGAAGGGCUUGAUAUCAAAGUUAGAUGUGCGUAGGGUUCCGUCUUCAUCGCCCACUAAAGUGGAUAUCAACAUCGGCUGUCGCUGCAGGCCGUGAGCUGAGGUGACGGUGACUGCACCGAGACGGGAAUCUGGCUGGCUGUCUGCCAAAGGCAGAUUCUGAUCUGUGCAGGCGCGAACCUGCGAGUAAAAACGGCAGGAUCGAACGCAUGUGAAGAGAAAUCUUCCUUCUCCUGAACUCUCUCGAUCUCUCGACCUUCUCAUUGUCAACCCGUGCCGGUCUUUACCCUCCUUCACCCGCGACUCUUAUCAGUGCAACUUUUUUCUAUAUCACUUUUGCCUCGCUGCCCACCAUCCAUAGCUUUUUUUUCAUUGCAUACAAUAUCUGCUCGAAAUCGAGCUUCGCGCAUGCAAUAGCUUGCCAACAUGCCUAGCUUCAAUCCUCUGGGAAACAUUACGGGCAGGACGAGUGCGACUUUAUUUGAAAUUCGGUAUAUCAUGUUGUCGCAAACAUCCUAUCGACUAGCUAAUGCUUUGUAGCCUCGACAAUGACAUUCUCGUCCUUCGUGGAGCCGCGGACGAAGCCUCCAGCCAAAUGCUCAAAGGAUCGGUGGUUUUGUGUCUUCCGGCGCCUCUGAGAGUGGAAGAUGUACAUAUGCGAAUGACGGGCCAUCUGAGAGUUGGGUGGGUUGUUUGUUGCGCAAAAUUAACUUUCCAUACUGACUUUACGACCCCAGAUGGAAUGAUGCGAGAUAUACCCCAACCGGCAUAUCGAAUAAUAAAGUUGAGAGCAAAGCCGAAAUAUUCAAUCACCUGUGGGCCCCCUUCUAUGGUGGAGGUGGUCCUGGGUCCUCUUCAAAAGGAGGAAUUUUACAAGCGGGAAACUACGAAUGGCCCUUUGAGCUCGUCGUACCAGGUGGCAUGGCCGAGAGCAUAGAAGGCUUGUCCGAGUCCCAUAUUAUAUACAGGCUCAAGGCGACGGUUGCGAGAGGAAAACUGGCAUACGAUUUACAUACCACCAAACCAGUUCGCAUCGUGCGAACGUUAGAUCCAUCCGCUUUGGAACUGGCUCAUUCUAUGACCGUGGAAAACAUUUGGCCAAACAAGGUCGAGUACUCGCUGAUCAUUCCUCAAAAGGCCAUUGUUUUUGGAACUUUCAUCCCCCUCGAGAUGACUUUUACUUUGUUGUUGAAGGGACUGAAGAUUGGCACCAUAAAAUGCGAACUCGUCGAAACUCAAGAAUUCACUAUACCAGGCGCAAACGCAUAUUCCGAAAAAUACUGGAAGUACGUAAGAAGUGUUGAUACAUGGGAGUUUGAAGUAGACGAAGAGCAGCACUAUAUGGACAUGCUGACCGAAGAGGGCCAAGACGGCUACCGGUUGAAGGAAAUUCUUCCGUUGCCCAAGCAAUUGAAACGAUGUCUACAAGAUGUAGAUAUCCACGGGAUUAAAAUUCGGCACAAGGUCAAGUUUAAUAUCGCUUUGCUGAAUCCGGACGGGCACACCUCCGAAGUGAGUCACAUGUAGGCGCCAUCCGGCCCUCAAAUAUCUUUAUUGGACACUGAAUUAGAAUGCUAAUCUGACCAGCUUCGGGCAAGUCUUCCUGUGACUAUUUUCAUCUCACCCAUGGCCCCUAUCAACUGCGAUGGUGCUCUCGUGGACCAAACUCCAACAACCCCAGGACUAACUACGACUUCCAUGCAAAGACAUGCGCCACCACUUUAUGGAGAUCACGUUACCGAUCAGUUGUACGCUGAUGUCGAUCUAUCGGGAUUCAUGACACCAGCACCUCAAUCCGGUAUGAAUACGCCUUUUUAUAGCCAGUCGAGAGCUGGUUCCCAUGAGAAUCUUGCGUCAUUGAAUGGCAUGACUUCAAUGUCAGAUAACGGAUCCCACCAUCAUCAUCCUUCUCAUAAUUCUCACCAUCCUCAUCACCCAGUCGGGGCUGUGGCACCUGCAGCGCUAUCCUCCAGACUCCAGAAUCUGAACAUUGCUUCUCGAAGCAGCAGUUUUCUCCGUCGACACACCGGAUCGCAUUCUGGUGCGACUACCCCCCAUCAUCAACAUUUUCAUCAUAACAAUGAUGAUGGAUAUUUUGGAAACCAUGGUCACUCUAACUUGCAUUCCCCUACCAUGCCAGGCUACCAUGGCCGGGAUCCACACAGCAGUGGUCACAGUGCUGGCCAGAGAAGUAAUCCAUUGAGUCGCCGUAAUAGUCACGAAGACUUACACCACAACGGUGGCCCAUCGAGAGUAACGAGUGGCCACCAUACGCCCGAGCAUCUUGAUGAAUUCGGAGAUUUGACCAAGGUGCCAUCAUAUCAAACAGCUGUCAAGACGCCAAUACGGGGAAUGAGUUAUAACGAGAACUUGCCAAAUUACGAAACAGUUCUUUCCCAACCACCUAGUCCUGAUAACCGACGGUUCAGCGGGUUUUCUACUCCUGCUCUACAGCCAGUUACCUCUGCGCCAGCCGGAUCUGCUGUUCCGCGUACCUCGAUUGGAUUCACACCUAUGAGACCACCACCCGCACCGGUUGCUUCAAAAAUUGAUGCUACUGAAGAGAGACGACGGAGUGUUUUACAAAAUACAGAGAAUAGGCAAUAGAGAUGAAGCCAUAGAGAUAGAGGCUUCAUAGUUAGUUUUUUCUCUUUCUUUUUUCAAUCUCCUUGAAGGAGAGGCGUUCGAUUAGGAUGGGAUAGAAAGUAUAGAUCGACAGCAUAGCAUCAUGGCGUUCUGAAGUGUAAGGGGGAUCAUGGGUUAAAUGCGUCUUUCGGGGUUGGGAUAAAAGGGGAGUACUGUAAUGAAGCGUGGAAUAUCACCUCUCUUGAAUACAAAUAAUUCGAAAUUGUUGUUACGUGCAAUUCUGUGAUGGUGAAAUUCUUGGUUUGUGACAGAGCUUAUGUGAG